AUGUCAGCCAGUGGCCAUCCUGCCUCUGACACCAGUGCUCUUGCCACAGUCUACCUGCUGGUAGCCUCGCAGCUGUUCGCCAUCCCGACGGUGGUGUGCAACGACCCGGACAUGACCCUGCCCCCCGCGGCCGUGCCGCCCGACACCUGCCGGCUGCGCCUGGAGCGCACAGCCAUCCGCAGGGUGCCCGCCGCCGCCUUCGUGGCGCUGCGCCGCCUGGAGCAGCUCUGGCUGCCCUACAACGCGCUGGGCCGGCUGGGCGCGCGGGCGCUGCGGGGCCUGGGCCGCCUGCGGGAGCUGCGCCUGCCGGGCAACCGCCUGGCCGCCUUCCCCUGGGCCGCGCUCGGAGACGCGCCGCGCCUGCGGCUGCUGGACCUGCAGGCCAACCGGCUCGCCGCUGUGCCGCCCGGCGCCGCGCGCUUCCUGCGCGACCUCACCUUCCUGGACCUCUCCAGCAACCGGCUGCUGCGGCUCCCGCCCGCGCUCCAGGCCGCCUGGGCUCCCCUGCCCGCCGCGCCCUCCCUCCCGGGCCGCCCCGGGCUGGUCCUCGGGCUGCAAGACAACCCCUGGGCAUGUGACUGCCGACUCCACGACCUGGUCCACUUCCUGGAAGGCGGGGCCCCGCACCUGGCCUUCAUAGAGGCCGGGCUACGGUGUGCCGGUCCAGGCGGCCUGGCCGGUGUGGCCUUCCGCCAGCUGCAGCUGAGCAGGUGCCAGGGACCCGAGCUGCGACCAGGCGUGGCCAGCGUCAGGUCUCCCUUGGGCAGCACAGUGUUGCUCCGUUGUGGGGCCACUGGUGUCCCUGAGCCCCAGAUGAGCUGGAGGAGGGUCAGUGGGCGCCCCCUCAACGGCACAGUGCACCAGCAGGUCUCCAGGGACGGCACCAGCUGGGCGCUGCUGGGCCUGCCCGCCGUGUCCCACCUCGACGCCGGGGACUACGUCUGCCAGGCCAGCAACUUCCUGGGCGCCUCCGAGACCCUCACCUCUCUGGUCGUCACCGAGCCCCAGGCUUCCACCGAGUGCAGCAGGAGCCCGGAGGCCCCAGGGGCAGGGACAGGCGAGGGGCCAGAAGCAGCUGCGUACGACAGGCUGGUGGCCAGGCGUAUGCCCCCCACACCCUGGCCUGCAGGGCCCAGCAUGGAGGAGGGUGGGCCGACGGGACCCCAGGAGGCCCGGAUGGUGACGGCGCUCAAGGUGGUGGGGGACACACACCAGAGUGUGACGCUGGUGUGGAAGGCGCCCCGGGCCGGCAGCGUGGCCCUCAGUGUCCUGUACGCUGUCCUCGGGCAGCGGACCAUGCGACGGGUGGCCGUGCCGCCUGGGAGGACCAGGGUCACCCUCCGGGGGCUGGUGCCGGAGACCAAGUACGUGGCCUGUGUCUGCGCGCGGGGCCUGGCGCCCCGGAAGGAGCAGUGCGUCGUCUUCUCCCCCGACGAGGUGGCGGACGCCGAGGCCACGCAGCGGCUCAUCAACGCGGUUGUGGCCAGCGUGGCCGCGGUCAUCGCGCUGCCCCUCACGCUGCUCGUGGGCUGCGGGGCCCUCCGCAGGCGCUGCCGCCAGUGCCGUGCCGGGCGCUCCCCCGAGGCCACCAGCACCUACCUCAGCCUGGAUGGGCUGAGCCUCAGCCUCGGCGAGGACUCAGGGCCGCGGCCCCAGCCCAGCCUCGGAGAGGCUGAGGGGCUCCUGUCCGCCCGCUCCAGCUCCAGCCUGGACUCUGCGACCGGGGGCGCCAGGCGGGGUGGGCGGGUGGACGAGUACUUCUGCUGA